CUCUCGGAAGGCCGCGGUAGUAUCCAAUCCGCGUCCCCUCUCCCCUACCUGAUGAAUGGACCAGAUCUCUCGGCGGUGCCGCGAAUCGCCUCCUCAAAUCUCUCCAGACGCUUCUAUUUCUCAUCCCUUCCGUGAAAUGAGUAGCGGAGUUGGGCUUCGUUCAUGGGCCCUGAGGCUCGCCUCUACCGACCACUCACCUCUCCUCUCUCCCUAUACCCUCACAAGAAGAAGUAGAAGCUCUUCCGCGCUUCCGUUCCCUCCCCGGCGCACGAUAGCCACAGUCAACUCCACUUCCCAUCCCAACACCAAUAACACUAACUACAAGAAGCAGAAGGUCAUCGUUAUAUCCGGCCCCACCGGCGCUGGUAAAAGCAGACUCGCCAACGAGCUAGCCAAGCUUCUCAAUGGAGAAAUCAUCAGUGCCGACUCAGUGCAGGUGUAUCGGGGUCUCGACAUCGGAUCCGCAAAGCCUUCACCUUCUGAUAGAAAGGAAGUGCGCCACCACUUGGUUGAUAUAUUGAAUCCCUCCGAAGAUUAUUCUGUUGGACAAUUCUUUGAAGAUGCAAGGCGGGCUACAAGAGAUAUUAUUGAGAGUGGCCGUGUGCCGAUUGUUGCUGGUGGAACAGGAUUGUACUUACGAUGGUAUAUAUAUGGUAAGCCAGAUGUUCCGAAAGCAUCCCCGGAAAUUACUUCUAAAGUAUAUUCAGAGCUUAUGAUUUUAGAAAAGAAUGAGGAUUGGGAUGCAGCUGUGCAGUUGGUGAUGAAAGCAGGUGACCCAAAAGCUCAAUUUGUAGCAGCGAAUGACUGGUAUCGCUUAAGGCGUAGCCUUGAGAUUAUCAAGUCCACUGGAUCACCUCCAUCUGCUUUCACUGUACCAUAUGAUUCUUUUAGAGGACAGUUGGAUUCAAGAAAACUAGAUCCCUCUUAUGAAGACACUUAUGCUACUGGCGGUCUUGGGAAGAACCUUUCCAAAGAUCUUGACUAUGAUUUCAUUUGUUUUUUUCUUUCAAGUCACAGAGUGGAUCUUUAUAGACAGAUUGACUUGCGGUGUGAGGAGAUGCUUUCAGGAAGUAAGGGAAUUCUAUCAGAAGCCACACAGCUUCUUGAAAUGGGUCUUCUUCCAAAUAUGAAUUCUGCAACUCGAGCAAUUGGAUAUAGACAAGCAAUGGAGUAUUUGUUACGGUGCAGGGAACAAGGGGGUAAUAGUUCUGCUGGGGAGUUCUAUGCUUUUUUAUCUGAAUUUCAGAAAGCCUCCAGGAAUUUUGCAAAGAGGCAAAUGACAUGGUUUCGUAACGAACUUAUUUAUCACUGGCUAGAUGCUUCACAACCCUUGGAAAAGGUGCUCAACUUCAUCCUUGAUGCAUACCAUCAUGAAACUGGACAGUUGGUGGUGCCUGAAUCUCUUAGAAUGGAGAAGGAUGUCUCCAGCCGUAAGGAAACCAUUGAACUGAAAUCCUACCGUCCUAAGAAUAGGUAUUUUGUCAGGCGCGAAGAUUGUUCUGAGAUUUUGGAUUGGGUAAAGAGAACCCAAAGGCAACUGAAUUCGGCCUGGUCUUGACAUGGAUGAUUGCAGUCAGAAGUUAGUUUGGAGGCUACAUCUACAGAAAAUUGAGGGUUGGAUACGUAAAUGUCUUUUCUUCAUUUAUGUUACUCAAUGCAUUAUGGAUCCAUGUAUUGCAAUGUGCCUUUUUUUUUCCUUUAAAGCAUGGAAAUGGAAUGCCUUCCAUAGUUGAGGAACCCACUCUUUCCUAUUGCCUUUUUGGGCUUCUGCACGAGUUGGAUUCACGUCAUGAUCAUGACAGAACAGGUUUACCAGCCCCAGAUGUACUCCUCUCCAAACACAAAUUUACAUGAAGCACAUGUGUCAACUUGGCAAGCG